AUGGCGGCCAGCCUGUGGCGCGCCGUGAUGGACAGCGUCAGCGGCUCUUCCUCCUCCCCCUCGGCGCUGGACGCGGCCCCGGGCGGCGGCGUCGAGUUCUGGCACGGCGCGGAGCGCGCGGGGUGGCUAAAUAAGCAGGGCGAGUACAUCAAGACGUGGAGGCGGCGGUGGUUCGUGCUCAAGCAGGGGAGGCUCUUCUGGUUCAAGGACCCUGCGGUGACGCGGGCCUCGGUGCCCCGCGGCGUCAUCCCCGUCGCCUCCUGCCUCACAGUCAAGGGCGCCGAGGACGUGCUCAACCGCCAGUUCGCCUUCGAGCUCUCCACGCCUGCCGAGACCAUGUACUUCAUUGCGGACUCCGAGAAGGAGAAGGAGGUGGAUUAA